AUGAAUGAUCUGUCGCCUCAACUUAUGCGAAUGUGUCGGAUCGGUAUUAAGUGUCCGGAUCGAUCAGAGCUACGUUUUGAGGAUCGCGACUGGCUCAGCUUCGACAAGAGUGGUCAAUCACGAAGUUCCUGUAGCUUGGUCAUGACGCAGAAGACCGGUACCUGUGCCAUCAAGAAGCAGAACAAGGUCCGCGUUUGUAGGGCCGCGCAGUUCAAAAGUAGGGAAAGCAAGGUUGGUGUCGUGGUAAUGACGACCGACUUCACAAAUAUUGCACGCCCUACACAAGUUAAGCAGCAGAGUUCCGUCAUUAUCUCCUCAAUUCCGGCCAUGGAGACUGACCAAGAACGUUCUUCAUCUCGACUAAAUCUUAGAUACCUAUCGCAAGCAGUUAGAGAUGUAAAGGUCACGUGCUACAAGGUGCACCGGGGCCAGUACCAGUAUUAG